AUGCCCCCGCUGUUGUGCUUAGAUAUUGAAAGUUUAAUCCUUAGCUGUACACAGCUUCCCAGACGAGUCAAUCAUAGCUGCCCUGAUGAUCAGUUUAAAUGCCAGAAUAAUCACUGCAUCCCUAAGAGAUGGCUUUGUGAUGGAACUAAUGACUGUGGGGGCAAUGAAGACGAAUCCAAUCAAACUUGCACAGACAGAACAUGCCAGGUAGACCAGUUUUCUUGUGGAAAUGGGCGUUGCAUUCCCAGAGCGUGGCUAUGUGACAGGGAAGACGACUGUGGUGACCAGACAGAUGAAAUGGCAUCCUGUGAAUUCCCAACUUGUGAGCCACUAACACAAUUUGUAUGCAAAAGUGGAAGAUGCAUUAGCAGCAAAUGGCACUGUGACUCUGGCAAGUACCAAAUGCUCACUGUAUAGCACUGAUUUGACUGGGAGCCUGGAAGUCUGGACUGCCUGGCUUUCUUCAGAGGUAGUUUGUAGGGGAAGCUUCCAGAGCCAAGAAAAAUGGCUAAGACAAGUGGUUAGCAG